AGCUGUAGAGUUAAGAGCUGACCCUAUUGGUCGCUAGGUCCCAAAGUCCCCAAGUCCAAGUCCCCAACCGCGUGCCAGCGACACCACGCGAACUCUAACGAGAAGAAGAUAAAAAAUAAAAAAAAGGCUUAUGAUCACGAGCACCAAAAUCCAUCCCACCCUUCUUACAUCAUAUCAUACCUUUUUUCCUGCUUCGCGUACUCUGAGAUAACCUUCGAAAACAACAGAUGUACAAGCUGCAUCAAGGGGAUUUUAAGAGUAAGACUCGUCCGGUAUCGACAAAGGCACCGAUAGCUCUUAUUAAUAAGUAUUUUUUUGAGUAUCUUUAAACAAAGCGAGGCAACGCAUUGUUGGGAAAUUUUGUAAUGGUGAGAUAACAAACGGAUUGUCUUGCUGUCUCAUCUUUCAAAGAGCUCCGACGAUACAAAGUUACGCCUAUCUUUCUCUAUUGAUAUAUUUCCGUCUACUACACUCGCUAUUCCCUACGAUCAAAUAUCGGCUCCAACUUAAUAGUUUCAACACUCGUUUUCACCUGUUUUCACCUCGGUCGCAUUCGUUUCGACUCCUUUGCGUGCGUCCCAACAUGUCAUUCGGGCCGCGGGUCCUUAUGCCGGGCGCAUUCCACUUCGAAACUCUUAACGACGGUAGCUCCUUGUCUGGUGUUCAUCCAGGAAUGUUUCGACCUCCUAUAUCACCCUCCGCUUCGAGCUCCCUAUAUCUAGGUAAAUCUACCAACAGCUUACACUCGGAUGCAUCAACAUUAGGCCUUAAUGCGAAGAGGAAACGGAGGGUGGCUCGCGAGUCUAGACCAUUCAAUAGCUGGGGUACGAACAGAGGUGAUGCAGCAUCUAAUACCGAUAAUAAACAUCAGGAAGAGGCCGAAGUCAACAGGCUGUUUGCGGGGGAGGGGAGGAAGUAUGUUCUAGCCGGUCAAAUCGAAGCUCCGAAUGGAGUGGCUCCUGGAGCCUUCAUGGAUGCGAUGGAAGACAGCAUUUAUUCCGACGUCGAUUACAGGCGCGCCUUAGGCCCUAAAUGUGCGCCCGCGAAGAUCGAACCGUCCGCUAUUAAUGCUACAUCUACUAUAUUAUUAUCAUCAUCAUCAUCAUCACCCUCUCGAACACGGCAAACGAACGGAUGGGGUUCCAUUGCUUUGAGCACUAUAGGCGGAGUCGUUGGAAAAGUAUUUCAAUUCUGUAAAACGGGCGUGUUCCGCGGAUUCUAUGCAGGUGGAGGUACGGGAUACGGGAUGAAGACACCACCUAGGCAACCGUCAACUACAAACGGUCAGGUUUGGUGUAACGAGCAUGAUAUUCCCACCCUUCCAGAUUUCGGCUCUAGCACAGUACCAAUCGAAAUUCCUCAGUCGCACUAUUUCCCAUCUAAUUACAGACAAGAAUCGCCGGAAUCCUCGCCCCCUCCUGCGGCAAAACGGCGACAGAUCGAUACCGGAGCUCCUGGAGAUGAACUGCGCCGGAAUUGGGUCAUGGUCCGGGAAUCUCCCGAAAAGACACGACCGCAGAGCAGAGCUUCUCCAGCCUCAACAGUCCGUACAUCUCAACAGCAAACGUUUCCGCCCGUUCUUCGUCGACGUAUUAGUCGACCUGUGAGCCGCGUAAACACACCUAGCCACACCCGACGCCAGUCUAACAGGAUAAGCCAUGUCGGAACCACGCCUAUAUCCAAUAUUGGGCCGGCAAGCUUUGCCUCUCCUCGAGCUCAAUCGCCAGCCGUAUCAUUGCAUACUCCUAGUAGAAUCCCCGUCCCAAGCCAACCGCAAUCACCUAGCGUUUUCUCGGCCUCUCGUAUUCCACAACCAGCUUCUCUUAUUCCUAGUCCUAGUAUUCACCCGAGGCGUAGUCACGGGAGAAACCAUAGUACGGCAUCAGCGGCAUCUGGUACGUCCUCUAUCAGGAUAAGAAGAGGUGAUUCAACGCAGGAGCUUAAAGACUAUAGCCCUCGACUAGAUGACGAGGCGAAGAACCUGGCUACUAAGAGACUCCAGGAAGAAAUGGAAACUGACAUGCGGAUGAAUGACUUCAACGCUCGGUUGAGGGAUAUGAUCCGCCAAGGAAAGGAGGCACUCGGGACAAAAGUGGAUGUCGAGAUACAUGACGAUAUGGAGGGUGUGGAUACUUGGGAAGACGCAUAAAUGACGAGGUAAAGCGCGAUAGUUCAACGAUUUUCCUCUUUUUUUCAAUCACAACUAUGGACAUGGCUACAAAACCGAUGGCGUGGCUCAAGUCCAAUAAAAGGGCGUUUAGGGAUAUUUUCUGUUUCUGUUUUGGGUGCAAU